AUAACGUUGGAAAUCCUCUGUAUCAGGUCGACAAAAAAAAGUAAGUGCUAUGUCUAGACCGGUCUAGACCUGCCAGUUUGGCAUAGUCUUGUUAUAUGAGUCGCCUAGCGCUGACCAGUCAAACUGGUUUUUCUCCGUAUCGACAGGAAUACAAGGUUGGACUGGCUUUGGUUGAAACAUCUUCAACAUCUCAUAAACAUAUAACUUGUAUUAUUUUAUUUAAUAAUUGAUAAUAAUUUCCAGAAUGGACACUUAAACACCAAAAUAAGGGAUGCCCAUCAAGGAGAGAGGCUUGAAUUAACACCACCACAUUCACCUAUAUUUAAUUUUUUGACACAUAUAGUUUUGCAUUUCAGAUAUUUGGCCCAAGCAACAUAAUGUUUUUAAUGGAGAACAUACAAGGGAAGGGCUCAUGUUACAUUCCACAUGACCCUGACUGAUGUCCCAACCACACUGAUAGGAUCGUUUUCAUUUUUUAAGUUUUGCCAUAGUGAGUUUGCAUUUUUGUUGGAAUGUGUGAAUCUGCUGAAGGCAUGUGAUCUUGGAGUGCAGUUCCUGCCGAGUGCUCAGUGUGUGUCAUCUGACUGCCAUGGGGUCCAGUAGAGCAAUAGAGCAUGUCCUCAGUAGGGCCUGAGCAUGGAGUGAUUCGUAUUGAAAUGGAAGGGCAAGAGGUUUGAUUUCCUGGCCCUCAACUGUGAAGUGAUUAAGCAGUGUAUUGCAGUUCCUACUCCUAAAUGAGAUCUGAGGGUUACCCCUUGUCCGCAAACUUUUUGGAUGGCACCAGAGUAGAAAGACUGCAUGGAAAGAUGUGAGUGUGUGUGUGUGUGACACCAUCUGUUUAGCUGUUUAUCUUUUAUCAUUUCAGCUAAUUAAUUCAAGCCUCUCUCCUUAAAUGGGCAUCCCUAUUUUAUUGUCCUUAAAUGGAAAUUUUACAAAACAGUCCUUUUCUAAUGGGGUUGUGUCGUAACAGUGCCCCCACAGACUUGCAGUACGACAACUCCUCAGAGUUGUUCCGCAUAUCGACAUUUGCCAAAUUUCCCUCCACGUCUGCCGUAACCGAAAGAAGCCUUGCGCGCGCCGGCUUCUAUUACACCGGCGUUGGGGACCGGGUCCAGUGCUUCCGCUGCAAAGUGACCGCAGACAACUGGCAGCCGGGUGAUUGUCCCGCCGAACGGCACAAACAGCUGUCUCCAAGCUGCUCGUUCAUUCAGACCUUGCCCUCCACUGCAAACCUCCUGUCGUCCUCCCACUCCGCGUUCUCCCCACUCCGCAAUGCCACUCAGAUGCCCGCACCAGUGCCCAUGGCAGGGGCCGCGUCAGCGUCUGCGGCGGCAACGUCUUCUGGUCAAUCAGAGGAGCAGGUGGGCUACCUCAACAUGGGCUUCAGUAACCUGGCCCCGUCGAGCCCCCUGACGUCGCGCGGCGUGGAGGACAUGUCCCACCAGCGGCCGCAGACCUGCCACAACCCCAGCAUGCGCCGGGAGCAGGACCGGCUGGAGUCCUUCCAGAGCUGGACCCUGACCACCAUCACGCCGGCCGAAUUGGCCAAGGCCGGCUUCUACUUCCUGGGUCAGGGGGACCGCGUGGCCUGCUUCACCUGCGGAGGUCAGCUGAGCAACUGGGAGCCCGGCGACCGGGCGGUGUCCGAACACCAGAGGCAUUAUCCCAACUGCCGAUUUGUCAGAGGGGACAGAACGGAAAACGUGUCCCUGGCCGAAAGCGGCGUCUUGACCAACGUGUCCAACUCUGCCAUGCAGCAGUGUGACGAGAGGCUUCUCACGUUCGUGAACUGGCCCUCCAGGAUACCGGUUCGCCCAGACCAACUGGCCAAGGCCGGAUUUUAUUAUGUUGGCCGCAAUGAUGAUGUGAAGUGCUUUUGCUGUGAUGGAGGAUUAAGAUGCUGGGAAUCUGGCGACGACCCAUGGGUAGAACAUGCUAAGUGGUUCCCAAGGUGUGAAUAUCUUUUGCAAGAGAAGGGACAAGAAUUUGUCCAUCAAAUUCAAGCCAGAUUCCCAAGACUCUUUGAGCAGCUGUUGACAAAUGGUGACAGUCACUCUCGCGAGAUUGUUGAUCCACCAGUUGUGCAUCUCGGCCCUGGAGAGGAACGUUCAGAAGAUGCUGUUAUGAUGAACACACCUGUUGUGAAGUCUGCCCUAGAAAUGGGAUUUGAACGCAACUUGGUCAAGCAGACUGUUCAAAGCAAGAUCCUCACCAGUGGGGAAAACUACAAGACUGUGCAGGAGCUUGUGUCUGAUCUCCUUAGUGCAGAAGAUGAAAAGAGGGAAGAGGAGAAAGAGCUUUUCGCCGAGGAGAUGGCAUCAGAUGGCUUUACCUUUCUGAAAAAGCACCAUACAGCCCUGACACAGAGAUUAAAGAGUGUGCAAAGUUUAAUGGAUCAUUUACUGGAAGAAAAAGUGAUUUCCCAGGAGGAGUAUGACGCCAUUCGCAACUGCACGUCAGUCAAAAGGCAAACGGCCCAACUCAUCGACUUGGUUCUGUCAAAGGGGAACGCCGCAGCUGAAGUCUUCAGAAAUUGGAUCAAAAAGAAUGACGUUUACCUCUUGAGAGAAUUAAUGGCCCAGUCAAAUGAAGCUGCAUCACCGAGUCAAGAUCUUUCAGAUCUACCAAUGGAGGAGCAGCUGCGGCGUCUUCAGGAGGAGCGCACGUGUAAAGUGUGCAUGGACAAGGAGGUCAACAUCGUCUUCAUUCCGUGCGGACACCUGGUGGUGUGUAAGGAGUGCGCUCCCUCACUGCGCAAGUGCCCCAUCUGCAGAGGCGUGGUGAAGGGCACCGUUCGUACCUUCCUCUCCUAAAUACACAACAGAUGUCUUUGGAAAACCUUUCAUAAAAAUAAAUUGUGAGAAAUUAAGAAAUUGUGCUGCGUAUAUUCACCCAGCAGCAAGCUUGCACUUUGGAGGGUUACAGAUGAUUAAUCAGUUCAUAUGAUUAUCACUUGAUUAGUUUUCUCUUCAUUUAAUAAAAUAUGAAUUGCUGAAGUGUUUCAGUUAUGUUUUCAAAUGAGUGUUGCCGUUUUAUAUGCAUAUUUUAGCCCAGUAGUGUAAGGGUAUUUCUUUAUUAUUAUAUUACUGGUAGUACAGUAUUUUAUACUCACAGCUGUCCAACAUAUUAAGUCAUUACCCUCCUAUUAACAAUCUUAUCAACAGUCUUUGCAACAGCAGUAGUCAAGUUUGUUCAGCUGAGUGACUAUAAUAUCUAAAAAUAGCUUUCCAGUUUAAAGCAGAGCAAGAAGACUCCUAGGCUAGGUACUGUACCUGUCGAUUGUACUAUUGCUAUAGCUAUGCUACAUAAAGAAAACUUAAUUGCUGAGUGAUUAUGUCAGACAAAUCAAGUGCAUCAAAAAUAUCCAAUGAACUGCCAUUUAUGUACAUUACUUUCUCACAUAUAAGUUCUCACAUAUUCCCCAUCCAAGAGGAAGGUUGCUGUUGGGUGAAACAUAACACUGUACUAUGGUAUUUGAUCAGAACCACUACACAAGUUAAUGGAAGACAUUGUACUAUUACGUUGAUAACAAACAAUUCUCAGGGUGCUUGCAAAAAAGGUCUGGAAAAGCUAAUGGCAAAUUACUGCUUUCCAGACCUGGAAAAGUAUGGAUAUGGAGUUUAGGUGAAUGUCUGGAUGUUUUGCACAUACAUUAAUAUAGAUAAGUAAGGUGACUGUGCACAAAACAUAUCAAAGGCCAACAUUUUCUAUUUGGAGAAAAGGGCAAGCACCCAAUUCCCCCGUUGAAUGUGGGAUGUAUAUUGUCUGUUGGAAUGAAGCAACAGCACAAACCAAAACUUCGAAUCAGAACUUUUAAUAGUGUGAUACAUUUUUAAGUCUUCUUACAAGCUGGGUAGGAAAUAGUGUUGAAUGUGUACAACUAUACAUAUUGGAGUUCCCUGAGACAAACACAGAUAUACUGUACAUACAUACAGCAAAUGUACAUUUAAUUACAAUACAUUCAAUUACAUUCAUUAAAAUUCAUUACUGCUUCUGACCCAAUAAAGGAAAUCUCAUGUACAGGCCAACUGUGAAGAGGCUAAAAAUCAAUAAAUACAGAAGGUCAAAA